AUGUUACUCGUUUCCUUUCUCGAUUCAUUCAUUUCUUUUUACGAUAGACUUGAUUUAAUUUGCUUUUAUUUACUCCUAACAUUUCCUUUUUAUUCAUUCAUUUAUUGUUUCUUUCCUUUUUUUCUUUCAUUCCCUCCACCAUCUCCCUAUUUAUCGCCUUCUUCUUAUCUUUCUUUACUCCCACCAUUUUCCUACCUCUUUCUUUCUUUCUUUCUUUUUUCUUUCUUUCUUUCUUUCUUUCUUUACUCACAUCAUUUUCCCAUCCGUUUCUUUUUUCAUUUCUUUCUUCAUUUCUUUCUUUUCUUUACUCACGCCAUUUUCCUAUCCGUUUCUUUCUUUCUUUCUUUCUUUCUUUCUUUCUUUCUUUCUUUCUUUCUUUCUGUCUUUCUUUCUUUCUUUACUACAUCAUCUUCCUAUCCGUUUCUUUUUAUUCUUUCUUUCUUUCCUUUUUCUUUACUCACACCAUCUUCCUGUCCGUUUGUUUGUUUGUUUUUUGUUUGUUUGUUUUUUUCUUUUUACUUUUCUUCCUGUCCGUUUGUUUGUUUGUUUGUUUGUUUGUUUUUUCUUUCUUUCUUUCUUUCUUUCUUUCUUUCUUUACUUUUCAUUAUUUUCUUUCUUUUUUCUUUCUUUCUUUCUUUACUACAUUAUCUUCCUCUUGCUUUCUUUCUUUCUUUCUUUCUUUCUUUCUUUCUUUACUCACUCCAUAUUCCUAUCCGCUUCUGUAUUUCCUUAUUUAUUUAUUUAUUUUCUCACACUAUCUUCCUCUCCAUAUUUUCUUUCUUUCUUUCUUUCUUUCUUUCUUUCUUUCUUUCUUUCUUUCUUUCUUUAUUUAUUUAUUUAUUUACUGACGCCAUCUUCCUUUCUUUUUAUUUAUUUCAUUCUUCCUUCAUUUCAUCCUUUAUUUAUUUUUUAUUUGUUUAUUUAUUUAUUUAUUUAUUUAUCACACCAUCUUCCUAUCCACUUCUUUCAUUCAUUCAUUCUUUAUUUAUUUAUUUCAUUCUUUCUUUCUUUAUUCAAACUAUCUUCCUAUACGUUUCUUUCUUUCUUUACUCAUGA